AUGUCACAAACAGAUAGUACCAAAACUUCAGGCUAAAAAGUCAAAAAAACACUUAUAAGUCCUUUGAAAGAAGCACUUUCAUAAUUAACGAAAUAAUAUAAAUUUUUUAUCCCAAAUGAAGAGGAUGUAAUUUUUGUAUUGGUUGAUCUUCCAUCUCAUUUAGAAUUAUAGGAAGCAACAUCUAGAGCACUCAAAUUAAUACCAAAAUAUAAUCCAGUAGAUUAGAAUCCUAAUAAUUAUGAUAUUUAUGUUGCCAAGAAAAAUGGUUAACCUAAAAUGGAUUUCCCUUCAUAUUAAACUAACUUAAGACUUGAAGAAACAGGAAAUUUCGUAUUUUCUUUAGUUCAUAUUACAUAUUCUGAUAAAAAUAUAAGAAAAUCAAUCAGAAAAUCUACAUAUGAUCUUUCACAUUACCAAAGUCCAACAUAACCUUCAAGAUCAAAAGAAAUCAAUAAAAAUCUUAUUAAACCAGAAAAAAACUGGCUACUUCGAUUCUUAGGAUGCGCUUGA